GCGGGGGGGGGUGGGGGGGGCGGCGCUGCGCUGGGCGGUGAGAUCAGAGGAAGAAGCAACGGGGUCGCUCGCGGUUAGGCUGUCGUCGCGCGCGGGCGCUGGGGCGUGGGUGGCUGCGCGUGGCGGAUCUCAUCUCAUCUAACGCCGCCACUUGCUGCUACGACUUCCCCCACCCCUCCCUCCGCCUUCCCCUCACACCUCUGACCUCCCUCCCUCUUCCGUCUCAUCAUCAUCUUUGUCCCUCUCGCGCAAUUCGCCGAACACGCCGCGCGCGCGCGCCUCGCCUCGCCUCCCCGCGACGGCCGCCUCCACGGCCAAUGCUGGUGGCGCGAUGAGCGUGGAGGAGGAGGUGGAGCGCGGGGAGGAAGAGGAAGAGGAGGAGGACCUGUUCUACGAGUCGCUCGACCGCAUCCUCUCCUCCUCGGGCUCCUCCACCUCCGCCUCGGACGACGACGACGGCGCCGACCGCCCGCGCCGCAGCCGCGGCUGCGAUGCGCCGGCCGCGGCAGCGGCGCUCGACCUGUGGACCUCCCAGCCAGCGUCCGUCCAGGAGCGGCGCCGCCGGCUGCUCCAGCUCAUGGGGCUCGCCGGGGAUCCUUCCCUCGCCGGAUUUGAGACGGGCCGGUCCGCCUCCGAAGACGCCGCGGGCCCGCCCCCGGCCUCUCCCGUCUCGCGGUCCAGAUCAGGCGGGGCCUCCCUGGGCUCCGCCGGGAAGCCGCCACUCGGGGGCGGCCGUCUGCGGUCCUCCUUGUCCGACGGCUCCGAUGCUGCCGACGAGGACCCCAGGUGCUUGAUCAGGAACCUUGACGACGGCAGAGAGUACGUGGUGAGGGAAGAAUUCGGUCUCCGCGAGGUCGGCACGGGGCGCCACCUUACCGUUGAGGAGUUGGCCCGCUCACCUAUUGUUCAGGAGCUUAUGCGCCGCCAGGCUUUCAGUACUCCCAACUCCAACUGCACCUCAAAUUCCCAAAGUGGCGCCUCCACGCCGAUCGAGAGGUCGAGCUCAGGUUCCAGCAACGGUGGGGCGCGCUACAAGCGCCGUAGCGCCUGGCUCCGCAGCAUCCGCUGCGUAGCUGGCUCCUUGGUCACCCACUCCCGUGACCGCCGCAGCAGCGACGAGAAGGACACGUCUUCAGAGAAAGGCGGCCACCACUCCAGCUCCGCCACGGAUGACAGCCAGGACAGUAUUCCACGCCAUGGCCCCGCCCGUGUCAAGGUGCGGCAGUACGGGAAGUCAUAUAAGGAGCUCAGUGGCCUGUUUAUGACACAGCAGAUACAGGCACACAAUGGUUCCAUCUGGACCAUCAAAUUUAGUCCCGAUGGCCGCUACCUUGCGAGUGCCGGGGAGGAUUGCAUAAUCCAUGUUUGGGAGGUAUUGGAGUUCGAGAGGGCAGGGAAGGAGAGGGAGGUGAAGGAGAAUGGGGUGUGCAAUCCACUUGUUGCUAUGGUCUGCAAUGAGUCAUCAGAGACGAUGGCGUCAUCAGCUGCUCCAACUGGGAGCCAUUGGGAGAAGAAGAUGCGAGCAAAGGUACUGCACAGCGGGGGAUCGGUGAGCUCAGACAGGUUGAUGGUGCCCGAGUAUGUGUUUGCACUGUCCGAGAAGCCUGUGAUAACCUUUGCAGGCCAUUCAGAGGAUGUGCUUGAUCUCAGCUGGUCCAAAUCUCAGUUCCUGCAGUAUUUGCUUUCAUCAUCAAUGGAUAAAACAGUACGGUUGUGGCACAUGUCAAGCACUUAUUGUUUGAAAACCUUCUCACAUACUGACUAUGUGACUUGCGUCCAGUUCAAUCCUGUUGAUGAUAGAUACUUCAUUAGUGGUUCCCUGGAUGAAAAGGUUCGUAUCUGGAGUAUUCCAAACCGUGAAAUUGUUGAUUGGGUUGAUCUUCAUGAAAUGGUUACUGCUGCCUGCUAUACUCCAGACGGAAAGGGCGCGCUGGUUGGGUCCCACAAAGGCAGUUGCCAUCUGUAUGAUACAUCUGAUGAUAUGCUUUGCUACAAAACACAGAUCGACCUGCAAAACAAGAGAAGAAAAUCUAGCCAGAAGAAAAUAACAGGAUUUCAGUUUGUCCCAGGGGAUUCUUCAGUGGUCAUAAUCACAUCUGCAGAUUCACGAAUCAGAGUUCUUGAUGGUUUUGAGCUAGUUCAUAGGUUUAAAGGAUUCCGAAACACCAGCAGCCAAAUCUCAGCUUGUUUAACAGGAAAUGGGCGGUAUAUUAUCUCGGCAAGUGAGGAUUCCCAUGUAUAUGUCUGGAGGAACAAUGAUGGUUUGAAACCAAGUAGAAAGAAGGGCAUUGUUUCUGUUACAAAUACCCAUGAACACUUCCACUGCGAGAGUGUGACAGUUGCUGUUACCUGGCCUUUUACCAGCACCACGAUGAAUUCUUUAAUGAACCCCAGGAAACAAGAAGAGCUUGAUCGUGGGUCUGAGAAUGACUAUUCACUGCAAGGUCUGCAAACCAAACUUACUAAGGAACAGGAGAUGCCGGAUGUUGAGUACCGGAGCAUAAAUAUCACAAGUAACAACUCGGAUCAUAAUGGUGACCGGACAUAUCCGACUUGGCCUGAAGAACUUAUCACACCAUCAAAUCAGAGUCUCAGGGCUACUACCUGCCAUGCCAACGGUGGAGAUCAAGCUCUGAAUCGGUCGGCCUGGGGCCUGGUAAUUGUCACAGCAGGCCGUGGAGGUCAAAUCAGAACAUUUCAAAACUUUGGCUUUCCUGUAAGAGUAUAGCAUGAAUCUGAAUACGUAAGAUAGUCACUGUCAUUCAGGAGUGUAGUUUGUGUAUAGAUAGGAGAUGUUUCACAUUAUUCGGGGAUUGGGUUUGAUUGUUCCUUGGUGCACCUGCUCGAGAUCAGAAUCUUCAUCUAACACACACUAUCAGUACUGCGAAACUUGGUGUGCCAAAUUUAUUUACCCGAAAGGCCUAAAUUGUACAUGAAAGAGAGAGCCCUACAGGGCUAGAGGGCUACAAGAGAGCAACACUAUCAGCUGGCUGGGGAUAAUUCAUCUGUCAGCUUGAACCCCACCCUUCGCCUUUUUUAGCCUAAUUGUCAUUUUGGCUUUGUGGGUGUCAUGGUAUUGGUGCCGUGAAUAUUUUCUUUUUACCUGUUCAGACAAUGCUCGCCCACUCUUUUUUUUUGUUCGAAUGAGCCUUUGGCUUACUGCGCGCCAGAUAAGUCAAUAACGAACCUUUGGCUUACUCUUUUUUUUUCAUGAGCCUUUGGCUUACUGCGCGCCAGAUAAGUCAAUAACGAA